UAUCGUCAGAGUGGUUUCAGUACACCACAAGAUAAUGCGAGCUGCUAUCGGUACCCGCGGAAUCUGACCGCUGUUGGCCUGACAUUUAGAAACGGGUGCGAGUACUCUAUAACAUUCCGGCGUCACCGAGUACUAAUGAGACUUUGUUCUUAGGGCGGUAUAAAAGUAGGUCUCAGGCUGCCGGUACCGUCACUCGUAACUUACACAGGAUUCUGGUAAAAACUUCUGAACAAAAUUUCUCGCAGAUUGUUUAAUACAAUGGCGAUGUCUAUGUUGUUGGUGUGUGUGCUUGUGGGGUUGGUGUCCGGUCAAAUGACCGAUGAAUCGACAAUGAUGAUGGCCACUGACGAUGGAACGGACGGGAUCACGGAAGCGGGGUCCUCCGCUACGGACGAUAUGGGCGGUCAGACGGACGCCACGGAAGUUCCCUUUUCCACGAACAUGGCCACAGCCUCAACCACUGAAGUUUGUUAUGAUGUCCUGGGCCAAGAUUGUUUCCGAUAUAAGGACGAGCAAUGUGUGGGCCCGUACGAGACAUGGGCCAGACAAAACUGUUCCUUGAGGUGUGGAUACUGUGCUAAGAAGUUGCCCUGCGUGGACAAGAUAGACUACUGUGACCAGUUUGGAGAUGAUGUUUGUCAGAAUGAGCUGUACGGACAGUAUAUGAGGGAGAACUGCCGGAAAUAUUGUAACAUCUGUAGAGCUCCAACAGAGUACUUAGUGUCCAGUACAACUACCACAACCACUCCAGUGCCAACAAUUCCUACCACUCCAUACAACCCAGUGUCAGAAUGGUGUCAAGAUAGAUUAAACUGUUGGUAUUACCCAGACGAGAAGUGUGUCGGCGAUUACGAGGACUGGGCCAGAAAAAACUGUGCAUUCCGAUGUGGAUACUGUCCAGGUUUUCUUCCUCCAUGUGUGGAUUUGGACGUGAGCUGCGGGAAAUUCACCCCUGGGGCCUGCACCAACGUCACAUUCCGCGCCUACAUGAGGAUAAACUGCAGAAAAACGUGCAAUGAGUGUGUCUAUCCUGCACAGGAUCUGGAACCGAACAAGCCCCCUGUCCCAUCGCACGUUACGGUCUCCACUACCCCCACCGCAAUCAACACCCCCACCCCAGGGCCAACAGGAACUCUACCCCCAAUAUCACCUAAUAAACCGACUGGAGGGCAGGUUCCUGUAACUACAAAAAUAGUCCUACCCACAGGAGAAGACUGUAAAGAUGCAAUCAACUGUACUGGAUACUCAAAAGAAUCCUGUAGUGGAAUUUUUAAAACCUGGGCCCUCACAAACUGUCCCAGAACCUGUGGAUACUGUACAGCUUCUACGGAGUGCCGGGAUUAUGAGGAAUGUGACAAGCUUCCAACAGCACUGUGCACGGAUCCCUCAUAUCGUAAAAUUGCAGAAACGACAUGUCGUAAAUUCUGUAAGAUAUGCACAGACAUUAUUGUGCCCACCAAGCCUAGUGUCACAGGUACAACUGAGGCGGUAAUGGUACCGACCAAACCCUCGAGGACGGAGUCGUACACGGCAGAUGUCUCCAUGGCAACACAACAGACCGCCUCUGAGCAGCCUUCCUCUGAACCUGUGCCAUCCAGACCAUCUAGCUCAACAACAGGUUCACAAGCUGCCCACACCCCCAAUCCUAACGGCCAGCACGGACACACCCUCCCCACCCUGUUUCCCCCGAUCCCUACUGGUGAUGCUUGCAAGGACAACCCCAAAGAAAACUGCACCCAGUACUCCCAGAAGUCUUGUCAGGGUGCCUUUAAAAGCUGGGCCAUUCGUAACUGUCCAGUCCACUGUGGAUAUUGUGGGGGUAAAACAUGCAACAAGAAUUUCCACCACGUAGCAAUCCCAUCAUGCUGCACUUCGUUGUGUUCCUGUCCGGAUGUCACUUUGACCGGUACCGUCCGGGAUGCCACAACAGGAAACACACCAAUGGUCAACGUGUCGGUCUAUCUCCGUGAUUGUCCUUGUGAACCCCUGACCACCUCUGAUGACAAUGGUGACUACUUGAUAAAGGGCGUUUGUUUGAAGGAAGGGGACGUGGCUAGGUUUGAGUUUCCUGGAUAUGCAUCAUUCCUAAGGGAUAUUGCAAAUCCUCAAAACGAUGUCCAUUUCGUUGCUGUUGGUGACAUGACUCCACUGAUGACGACUGUGGCAUCGGGCAUGACAUCAGAUGGAGGGAGCUAGAUUGCACUUCCGGACUAUAGUUGCAUAUUUCUGUUGGGGUGGUUUAGGCAUGUCAGUUUAAUAGGUUGAACUCAAGAACAUUAUUUGGGAAUUAGGCCUGUAAGAAUGGACAUCUUCAUUUGAAAUUUUUCGAUAAACUCUGUUAGCGGUUCAAUAGAUAGUCUUGUGUCGCAUGCUAUAUACAGCUAUGGUGGUCUCUGAUUGUGUGUAUAUAUAUAUAUAUAUAUAUAAACUUUUCUUUCUAUUUGCUUUUCAUUAUGUUCCUUUGUUCUUAAUUACAUGUAUGUAUAUGUAUAAUUAAUGUGUAAUAUCAUUAAAGUUGCCUGUGUAUUUGUAAAUCAUGUGCACGCGUUUCAGGUUAGUAAUGUAUGAAUUAUCUCCCUUAGUUCUUGUUCUAUUCCUAUGUGGAGAUUUAGCAUCAGAUACCUUUUUUCUGAUGAUAUAUGUCAGUAUAUAUAACAUGUCGCAGUCCCUAUACAAAUACUUAUAUGUAAUUUCAAGAUUUAGAGAAUUUUCACAUACAUGUAUAAAAGCAUUUGCCCUCCAAUUCAAUUUUAAGAAAAUUAUGUAGAAUUUCUCUAAAUUAUUUACUUCCACACAAUAAUCUUUCCAUCAUUGUUUCUAUUCAAACAAAAGAAAUUUUACUGUCAAAACCAUAACAAAAAAUUGUAUUGGAUGUAUGAAUUUUAAUAUGUCAAAUGGUGCAUGAUUUUAGGUACUAUAAAGCAGGAUUUUAGGUACUAUAGAGCAGCUGUUUCAGUCUGUUUGAUAACAAUCAGUAAAUGUGACUACGACAACUAAUGCCCCUUUAAGAGCACCCGUUAAUCUUUUGUCACUAAUCAGUCUCUUUGUUUAUGAAUGAGGUAUGUAACUGACAAACUCCCAGACUGGGUUCAAUUCAGCUGCUCUCAAAUUAUUUAAGGUAAUAUCUUUAGUAUGGAUUGGAUAGGUGGCAUACAGCAUGUUUUAUUUUAUCACAGUGUGACAUCACAGUAUAUCGUUAUGUGUAUGCGACACUAUGUGAUAUUGACCUGUACAAAUUUCUGUAUAAAUGUGUACAUUAUAAAUACCUUAUGAUGACAACCAUCUGAAUCUUUUCAAUGUUUUACUAAAUCUUGUUAGAUCUGCUUGGCUUUGUAUUGCUUCUCGCAGAGAAAGUGAAGCAAUUUUUAUGUAAAUAAAUAUAGAAAGGGAAA